UAUGCCUAGGUGGGGACAUUCUUCUUAGCUGCUGUCAGUCUACACAUCAUCCCAGAGAAGUAGCACUAAAGUCGUAUAUGAUGUUGCAGCACCAUGGGGGCCUGAGUUGAAAUGAAAACUUGUGAUAUUGGUAGCCUACAUCAUAACAGAACAGACCCAGCCAUGAGGGACCGUCUGAGCCACUUACAGGAUCUGUCCCAGUCGAAUGGCCAUGUGGAGCAGAUGGUCUACGCUGAGUCCGGGGAGUCCAUCUCUGGGGACUCCUUUAGCAACGUGGACCUGGAGGAGGAACUCCAUCACCAGGCCGUGGUGUGGGACAACACCCCUGAAUUGGAGGAGGUCUUCUCCCAGUCCCAGGAGGUCCACCGUGAGGUCCAGCUCAUCCUCCUGGAGGUCAAACGUCUCCGCGAGCAGAACGCCCGCAUGCUCCAGGGCACCACUAGCAUGAUGGUCAUUAAGAGGGACUCCAACGCCAUCGCAGCUGACAUCAAGGCCCGCGCUGAGGGUGUGCUGACGCGACUCAAGGACAUGGACGCCGCAGGGCGGGAGCUGGAGGUAGAACACGGCUCCAACACCGCCGUGACUCGCAUUGCCAGGACCCAAUAUGUCUGCCUGAGCAACGGCUUCCGUGAUGCCAUGUUCGACUACAACGAGGCAGAGAUGAGCCACCGGGAGAGCUGCAAGGCUCACAUCCAGAGGCAGAUGGAGAUCGUGGGGAUGGAGGUGACGGGCGAGGAAGUGGAGGAGAUGAUCGAGACAGGCCAUUGGAACGUCUUCAAUGAGAACAUCCUGUCGGAGGGCAAGACGGUGCACUCAGCACUCAACCAGAUCGAGAGCCGCCACCGGGAGCUGCUAGACCUGGAGAGCAGGAUCCAGAGCAUCCAUGAGAUCUUCCUGGAUGUGGCUCUGCUGGUGGAGGAGCAGGGCCCCAUGAUGAACACCAUCCAGGCCAACAUACAGAAGACAGACAUGGCCAUCCAAGAGGUUCUGGUCAAACUCAGCAAGGCCAAGCGCCACAACAAGAACAACCCCUUCAAGAAGAUGUUCUGCAGCUGCUUCCCCUGCGUCAACUGAGGCAAAGACUGGGAAGUCUGAGGGAUGUUCCAUAGAGGUGGAAAUAUGUAGAAGGAUUAUAUGGGCAUGUACAACUCAGAAGUUGGUUUAAAUGGUAUAUUAAUGUCAAUUGGAGAUUUAUGCGUGAAGAAUUUGAGUUGCGUAAGAAGUUAGGAUUUGUUACUAAGUGACUGAGAUGUCAUAGCAUGACUAUGCAUUUGCAGAUUAGGAUGAAAAGAGUUGUUUCGGACAGGAAGUAAAAUGUAUUUUUAAAAUACUUCUAAUGUGUUGUCCUGGUGAAGUUGUCAACAUUUGUCUUGAAACAUUUUUUGUAGUCUUAGUAAAUAUUGCCAUUAGUAUCCAUUAAAGGUUGGUUUAUAGGAGGGUUCAGACUGGAAAGUGAGAUUUGACUUUUUUCUAACACAUGAUGAAUGCAAUAUUUACUUUGGAGGAGUCUGCUAACUAAUUAUAUUGUUUGGCCAUCUUUAGUCAUGGUCUUCCUCAGUGUAUUUAAGUGUAUUUAAUAUUUAUUGUCUGUCUGAACAUUAAAUUCAUCACAACUAUAAAUUAGAUAUUAAAUAAGAAUCAAAUAAUUUUGUGAAGAGUAUUUUGCUUUGACUAUCAGUCACAAUAUAGUUGACAUAGUG